CCCAUUGUAGAGGAAACACACCUCGCGCUUCAAUCCUGCGCCAGUCGACGCUCCACACCCACAAUAUUACUCACUCGGCUUUACAUUAAAAAUCAAAGAAACUCAAGUAUUUGUUGUCAUGGGUCAGUCCUGAGGUGAAAUCUCUUCACUCGUCAUCACAUCUGAAUAAAAGAGACAGAGAGACAGACAGGUGGUGAUGAUGAACAGUGCUGCUGCAGCUGAUGAUGAUGUGAUGGAGCCGCAGGUGAGGAGAACAGACGAGAGCGCGCAGGAUGUGAUGGUUUCUCUGGCGUCUGGUGUGCCGGUGGACGUCAGCAGUGAUGGAGAGGUGACAGAUGCUCACAGCCGUCACUACAGCAGUUUAAACUCUCUGAGACCCUUCUACACCGCACAGAAGCCCACCUGUGGAUAUAGUUUCUCCUGGGACACAGAUCAUAGACACAAACCCACCGGCCUUCAGCCUCACAACCCCGCAAUGUGGAGAAACACGUGUGUGUACAAACACUAACAAUAAACCUACAGUCCUGCA